AUGUACGACUAUGCGAUUGUUCAUCUCGUCUAUACGGUCCCCCUUGCGACAGCCUUGUCUAUCAUAUUGGGACCUCUGUUGACCCGCCGUGAUGUCUACAAAAUAUGCUUCUUGCAAAUCGUCGCCGUGUCAUACACGAUUCCUUGGGACUCUUACCUCAUCCGGAACCGAAUCUGGACGUAUCCACAAGAUGUCAUAAUAGGGCCGACUUUGCUCGAUAUUCCUGCUGAAGAGGUCUUCUUUUUCCAUAUUCAGACAUAUAUUACGACAUGUCUGCAAAUUCUCCUCAAUAAGUCGGUUCUUGUCGCCACUUACCUGCAUAACGAAGCAGAUCCCAGAGAUCCCGUGGGCAGGUCAUUACUCCUUGGGAAACGAGCAGGUCAGCUCAUCCUUGCCCUCUUGGCACUUGGACCAAUCCUCUUGCGCGAUGGCCCCAAGGAAGGGCAAUACCUCCGACUCAUCUUGGCCUGGGCUUGCCCGGUGAUGUAUAUGCUUUGGACCUUUGGCUAUCAGCUACUCCUCACCCUUCCGUGGACGAAAACAUGGUUACCCAUUGCUGCUCCAACACUGUACCUCUGGGUCGUCGACACGCUUGCGCUCCAGAAAGGUACGUGGAGCAUCGAAUUAGGGACUAAGCUCGGAAUUCAUGUCUGGCCUCAUUUGGAGAUCGAAGAGGCAGUCUUCUUCCUCUUGACCAACACUCUCAUAGUGUGGGGAUCAACCGCUUUCGACAAUGCUAUGGCUAUCCUCGAUGCCUUCCCCGAGCAUUUCGCUGUCGUUCCUGGGACACCAUCGCCUAUACUGAUGUUCAAAGCACUGUUUCUGCCCACUUUGAAAUAUGACACGGCCCGUCUGGAAGGUUUACAAAAUGCGCUUACGGUACUUGCGAAGAAGAGCCGGUCCUUCUACUUGGCUUCUGGCGUGUUUGCCGGUCGCUUGCGAAUCGACCUGAUCUUACUCUACGCAUUUUGCAGGGUGGCCGAUGAUCUGAUUGAUGAUGCGCCGUCUGUGGAAGAGGCAGACAAAUGGGUGCAACACUUCACUCGUUUUCUUGAUGCGGCGUACUCGUCGAAACGCGAUCCUGGUCGUUUACAAGCAUCUCUUGAGCCCUUCCCCUCGAAGGCACAAUCCAUUCUAGUACUACUGCCAACCGACAAAUUACCGUCGGGGCCACUGUACUCACUACUUGACGGCUUCCGAAUGGACAUGAAAUUCUUCGCCAAAGGAUCCAAGGAUGAACCACCAAUUCAGACCUUUGUGGACCUUGAACGAUACGCCAGUUGUGUUGCGGGCACCAUUGGAGAACUAUGCCUGAAUCUCGUCUACUAUCACGACCCUGAUGGAGGGACCCGGGAUGAGUUGAAACACAAAUGCCUCGCCGCCGGCUUCCAGAUGGGCCAAGCACUACAAUAUGUCAACAUUGUUCGAGAUGUGAAAAGUGAUGCCGUUGUUGCUCGAUGCUACAUUCCCAAUGAAUGGUUUGACAAAUCCUCUGAGGCUUCCGCCGACGCGCAAGCUACUGAAAUCCUGCGUUUUCGACGUCGAAUACUGGACACUGCGUUCAAGAUAUAUGCGGACAAUAGGGAUGCCAUUGAAAAGUUGCCCUACUAUGCCCGUGGCGGUAUUCGUGUUGCGGUCGAGAGCUAUAUGGAGAUCGGCAGGGUGAUGCGCGAGCGAAUGCGACGAGGCCAACCUUUGGACUUUGCGGGAAGCGGCAAGAAGGGUCGAGCUAGCGUGCCAAAGUCCAGGAGGAUACGAGUUGGCUGGUGGACGAUGAUGGGUUGGAGAGGUCCAGCAUGA